ACCCAUAGACUAAAAUGGCCAAGGCCAAGGGAGCAGCAUUCUUCCUCCUAUUGUCCUUGUUACUCUUCUUGGACAGUGUCCAUGGCAACCCCAACUACAGAGACGCCCUAGCCAAGUCCCUUUUGUUCUUCCAAGGUCAGAGGUCAGGGAGGCUCCCCCCUAACCAGCAAAUUACUUGGAGGUCCAAUUCCGGCCUCUCCGAUGGUCGGCUCGCCGGAGUAGAUUUAACCGGAGGAUACUAUGACGCCGGCGACAACGUCAAAUUCAACUUUCCGAUGGCCUUCACCACCACAAUGCUGUCGUGGAGCACUCUUGAGUACGGCAGGAGAAUGGGCCCCCAAUUACAGGAAGCCAGGGCCGCAAUCCGCUGGGCCACCGACUACCUCCUCAAGUGCGCCACUUCCACGCCCGGCAGGCUCUACGUUGGCGUGGGUGACCCGAAUGCUGACCACAAGUGCUGGGAGAGACCCGAGGACAUGGACACCGUCCGAUCCGUGUAUUAUGUCUCGCCCAGCAACCCGGGCUCGGACGUCGCCGGCGAAACUGCUGCGGCUUUGGCGGCGGCUUCGUUGGUUUUCCGAAAAGUCGAUCAGAGAUACUCGGCCUUGCUGCUGAAAACGGCGAAGAAGGUUCUGCAGUUUGCAGUCCAAUACCAAGGGGCUUACAGUGACAAGCUUGGAUCCGCAGUUUGCCCAUUUUACUGCUCAUAUUCUGGGUAUAAGGAUGAGUUGUUAUGGGGAGCUGCAUGGCUGUUUAGGGCAACAAAUGAUGUUUCUUAUUACAAUCUCUUGAAAUCAUUGGGAGCUGAUGAUCAACCAGACCUCUUCAGCUGGGACAACAAAUAUGCUGGUGCUCAUGUUCUCUUAGCUAGGAGAGCAUUGCUCCUCAAAGAUCAAAAUUUUCAAUCAUUCAAAGGAGAAGCUGAAAACUUCAUGUGCAAGAUCAUACCCAACUCACCGUCUUCAACUACCCAAUAUACACAGGGAGGGCUAAUGUACAAGAUGCCUCAGAGCAACCUCCAGUAUGUUACAUCAAUCUCAUUCUUGCUCACCACUUAUGCUAAGUACAUGAGAGCUACAAAAAGCACCUUUGAUUGUGGCAGCCUCUUGGUCACCCCAAAUUAUCUAACAGCCAUUGCAAAAAGACAGAUUGAUUACAUACUUGGGGUGAAUCCAAUUAGGAUGUCAUACAUGGUAGGGUUCGGGCCAACUUUUCCGAAGAGAGUCCACCACAGAGGAUCUUCCUUGCCUUCAGUAGCAAGGCACCCUCAGUCCAUAGGUUGUGACAGUUUUGAGCCAUUCUUCUACACGGCAAACCCUAAUCCUAACAUCCUGGUAGGAGCCAUAGUUGGAGGUCCGAAUCAGAAUGAUGGGUUUCCUGAUGAUCGAUCAGAUUACAGUCACUCAGAACCUGCAACAUACAUCAAUGCUGCCAUUGUUGGACCCUUGGCGUACUUUGCAGGCAGCUCUAAUGCUUAAGGAACGUGGGCUGUUUGACUAUAGUAUCUUCAUGUAGAUACUGAGAUUUUAGUCUCUAUCCCUAAAAUGGGAGCUCCAUGCCACCAAAAGAAACGGGUGGUUUAUUUAGGAAAAAGUUGGAACUAAUCCAAUCAACCUCUUAUUAAAAUCAAUUUUCUCUA